UCUCCUGGGAAAAGGCAGACUUUUUCUUUUCCUCUUCAUCUCAUUGUCGUCGUUUCAUCAAGUAGUAACUAAUCAACGUCUUUCUCUUUUACUCUCCAUCGAGCCGUUGAUUUUUCUUUCUGGGUAUUUCUUGUUGAGUUCUUAGUAGGUCGCCAUGAAUGCUCUUGCUGCAACCAACCGCAAUUUCCGACUGGCUUCUCGUUUACUUGGGCUAGACACUAAGCUCGAGAAGAGUCUUCUCAUCCCUUUUAGAGAAAUCAAGGUGGAGUGCACGAUCCCCAAAGACGAUGGAACCUUGGCGACAUACGUUGGAUUUAGGAUACAACACGAUAAUGCCCGUGGUCCCAUGAAAGGAGGAAUCAGAUAUCAUCCUGAGGUUGACCCUGAUGAAGUAAAUGCCCUGGCUCAACUAAUGACCUGGAAAACGGGUGUAGCUGACAUUCCUUACGGCGGUGCGAAAGGAGGCAUUGGCUGCAAUCCUAGGGAUUUAAGUAAGAGUGAAUUGGAACGUCUAACUCGGGUCUUCACUCAAAAGAUCCAUGAUCUUAUUGGUAUACAUACAGAUGUUCCUGCACCAGACAUGGGGACUAAUGCACAGACCAUGGCAUGGAUUCUGGAUGAAUACUCGAAGUUUCAUGGACACUCACCGGCUGUUGUUACAGGGAAGCCUAUUGAUCUUGGUGGAUCACUAGGCAGGGAAGCUGCAACCGGGCGCGGUGUUGUAUAUGCAACUGAAGCUUUACUUGCUGAAUAUGGGAAGUCAAUAAAGGGGAUGUCAUUUGUUAUUCAGGGUUUUGGUAAUGUGGGGUCUUGGGCCUCGAGGCUCAUACACGAGAAGGGUGGUAAGAUUAUCGUGGUGAGUGACAUAACGGGUGCUAUUAAGAAUCCAAACGGAAUCGAUAUACCGGAACUGCUAAAGCAUAAAGAAGCUACUGGCAGUUUGAAAAGCUUCAGCGGUGGUGAUUCCAUGGAUCCAAAUGAAGUGCUUGUGCAUGAAUGUGAUGUUCUCAUCCCAUGUGCUUUAGGUGGAGUCCUGAACAGGGAAAAUGCUGCAGAUGUGAAGGCGAAGUUUAUAAUAGAGGCAGCAAAUCAUCCCACAGAUCCAGAAGCGGAUGAGAUUCUAUCAAAGAAAGGAGUGGUAAUACUACCCGACAUAUAUGCAAAUGCAGGGGGAGUGACAGUCAGCUACUUCGAGUGGGUUCAGAACAUUCAAGGUUUCAUGUGGGAUGAGGAGAAAGUGAACACGGAGCUGAAGAAGUACAUGACUCAAGCUUUUCAUAACAUCAAGAACAUGUGCCAGACACACGAGUGCAGUCUCCGGAUGGGUGCGUUUACGCUGGGGGUGAACCGUGUGGCUCGUGCAACUAUCCUUAGAGGAUGGGAAGCAUAAACUGCUCCCUUGGAUCGGCUUCUUAUUUCUGUUUCUGUAGUUUCUAGUCUGCAUUGUGGAAAGCUGAAGCAAUAGCUUUCAAGAAUUCUUAACUUUUAACAUUUUUAUUCUUCUCCCAUUGAUCGUUUAUGAAACUUCAAAUAUAUAUUUAUCGGGGGAUAUUUGUAUUUGGAAUAAUGACAUUCAUUGUGUUCAAUAUUCUUUCAACUUUGAGA